AUGACCUCCCGGACUAAGGACCUGACAAAUUUUAGCGGAUGUUGUUUCCACCAGGGCAACGGCUGGCAUUAUCUACCACAAAUCUCCCUGAAGGCCCACGCAACAAUCCUCUCAUCCACAUCUCGCACAACUCUCACACAAACAUUCACAAAUUCCACAGAUCUCCCUCUUGAGAAGGUCUCCUACAAAUUUCCCCUCUAUGAUGGCGUCAGCGUUGUCGGGUUCAAGUGUCGCGUUGGAACGCGAUACCUGCACAGUAAAGUGGAUACGAAAGAGCAGGCGAUUAUAGACUUCAACGAUGCGGUCACGAAUAAUCAAACGGCAGCGCUUAUGGUGCAUAGCUCCAGUGAAAACGACGUCUUCGUAACUACAUUAGGCAAUUGGGGCCUGGUAAAGACGUCUGGUAUCGAUAUCACCGUCGACGUUCAGAUGGAGAAAACUUCCAUUAUUCGAGAACUUCAGUCACCGAGCCAUUCAGUGAAGGUUUCCCUAGGAUGUACAUCGACUACUCGUAGUGGCAGUAGUUCAGGAUCAACAUACGACCCAUCCCAGGCCUCUGCCUCAAUCCGCCUAGCCAAAGAAAAUGAACUCCUGCUCGAGCGCGAUUUCGUGCUCGUUGUCAAAGCCGACGGCCUUGAUAACCCCACAGCUUUACUCGAAACACAUUCAAGCAUUCCCGACCAGCGCGCAUUGAUGGUGACGCUUGUGCCAAAGUUCAAUCUGCCACCCAUCAAACCGGAGGUGAUCUUCGUCAUCGAUCGAAGUGGUAGUAUGAGGGAAAAGAUCCCAACAUUGCGAUCAGCCUUGCAAAUCUUCUUGAAAUCACUGCCUGUGGGUAUUUGCUUUAAUAUCUGUUCCUUCGGGAACAACCAUCAAUUUUUGUGGCCACAGAGUAAAGUAUAUGAUAAGUCGAGUCUAGACGAGGCUUUGGCGUACGUCGAAACGAUAAACGCAGAUAUGGGAGGCACGAAUUUGACGUCAGCGGUUAAAGCCACCGUUGCAAGUCGUCUUAAUGAUAAAGAACUCGAAGUUCUUAUCCUGACUGAUGGCCAAAUCCACAAUCAGCAGGAUUUGUUUGAUUUUAUUCGGGAGACUGUCACAUCAACCAAGUCGGACCAGAGCCAGUCGGCUCGCUUCUUCUCGCUUGGUAUUGGAAACCAGGUGUCGCAUUCUCUGAUCGAAGGUAUUGCCAGGUCAGGAAAUGGCAUCUCACAAUCGGUUUUAGAGUACGAGGAGCUAGACAGGAAGGUUGUUCGCAUGUUGAAGGGUGCGCUUACUCCUCAUAUCGGCGACUUUAAACUCCAAGUUGACUACCAUCAACCUGAGCAAGAGUUUGAAGUCGUCGACGCAGUCGAUUCGUCCACGGAUACAAUCACCGAAAGUGGAGAUGGAGAUCGAAAUGAAGAACUUGUUGAAUCCCUCGAGAAGAAAAUGGCUCGAAUUUCGAUCUCCCUCUUCGACGAAUCAUUCCAAGAAUCCGAUGCCGAGCUUGGAACACCCCGAGACAAAGACAACGAGAGCAAUAGCAAUACCUUGCCAGAGCUAUCACCCCCAGAUGUCCUCCAAGCUCCCUACCAGAUCCCUCCCUUCCAUCCCCUUGUCCGGAGCUAUGCAUACCUGCUCCUAGACCCGAAGUCAUCGGACAGGGUCCCAAAGUCACUCACACUCAGCGCCACAUCCAACGGGAGACCACUUCAACUUUUUAUCCCAAUCAAAGACACCGUUCAAGGCGAAACAAUCCACCAACUCGCUUCACGCAAAGCAAUGAUCGAGUUAGAGGAACAGCACAGCUGGCUCGAACAUAGCAAAGAUGUCGACGGAAACCCCUUUUCCCGCUUUCAUGCGGAUACGAAGAGUCAGCUCGCGAAACUCGAAUGCCAGCUUCUAGGACUCAAGUAUCAAGUCACGGGGAAACACUGCUCAUUUGUUGCGUUGGAGGAAGAAUCAACCGAUAAGGAGAAGGAACAGAAAAAGGACCAGGGUCAGGACCAGGAGCAAGAAAGGGUCUCCAAAAUUAGCGACAAAAAGUCCCCAGUCAAAGCAUCAACCUUCAACAUCGUACAAACACGCCCAAUCGUGCGUGGGUCUAGAAGUUUGUUUGGUGGUCCGCCACAAUGUGCGGCAAUGGGACCCAAGAGAGCGACGGGCUCGGUACUGUUCGGUAGCUCCUCUCGGUCUACUCCUAGUUCUAUGGGUAGUUUUGGCCCUCCGCAAAUAUUUGGCGCAGCCUCUUCUCCAGGCCAACAACCUCCAUCCGGAUUCGGAAGUACUCAAUCUGCAUCAGCUUUAUUCGGUGGUGGUCAACAACACCCAUCAGCCGGAUCACUUUUCGGAGGCCAACAGGCUCAAUCCUCUUCUCCCGCCUUUGGACAUCCAUCGAUUCCUCAAGAACGUGGAACUUUCGCUUCUGGCUUUGGUGCGAGUAAUCAUCAACAAACCCAACCUGCGGCUGGGGCACUAUUCGGCGGCGCUGCCCCUACCCCCAAUCAACCAGCCUUAUUCGGCAGAGCCCCCAAUAGCCAGAGUACUCCUGCGACUGGAGGACUGUUUGGUGCUGCCCCUAGCACCAGUUCCUCGUCUUUAUUCGGCAGAGCCCCCUAUCGCCAGAGUACUCCUGCAACUGGAGGACCGUUUGGAAAUGCUCCUUCACAGGGUCAAGCGUCCUUAUUUGGCUCUGCGCCAUCAAACGCGCAAUCAUCUUCUGCAUUCGGAGCUGGAAUAUCUCAAACCAACACAGCGCCAAAUCCAGGACCUUUCUUCGGAAGACCAUCCAAUCCAACAAACCCGGCACCCACAAGCUCGGAAAAGACUAACAAGUCAAAAGUCCACUCACUAAUCGCCCUUCAAAACUUCCAAGGCAACUGGCUUCUCAGUCAAGAACUCUGCAAUCUUCUAGGUUGUGAGGAGGAUACAGUUCGCCAACGCUUCGUUGACCUGUUAGGAUCUUCCUCUUCUCCUUCCGCUACCACCGAGUCCAGUCUUGAGGUCCUCGCUACGCUCAUGGCGAUGGGUUAUCUGAAGCAUCAACAUGCUGAGGAGAAGAGUGUUUGGGAACUCGUUUUUGGUAAGGCGGAGACUUGGCUUGAAGGCGUCUUGCCCGGGCUGGGAGAGGCUGGUCAUAAGAUUCAGGCGAGGAGAGAAGAGAUUAUGUCUUUGGAUCUUUUUAAGUGA